GCCCUUCUCCCGUGUUCCCUCUCUGCUUCCCAGCCAGGACCAGUGGAGGAAAUGGCAAAAAGCCAGUAUCAGCCAGAGGUUUGAAAGGUCUUUUGCCAAGAGAGCAGUCACGCCUGGAGGGGUGUGACUUGGCCUGCCUUUCUGCCUUAUCGCUCUGCGCCUGCUUCCCCCAAAGCUGGACGAGGAGGGAUUUUGUUGGGGAGGCACACCGCCUUCAUUUGCACCGGUCCAUUGUCCAGCAGUUCCAAGGAACCUUUGCCAACUCUUCCAACAAGUGGUUCAUGACAAAUACAUUGCAUUUAAGGCACUGUGGAAGAACACAUUAUGGCAUGUAUCACCUUAACCUUAACGACAUGGUGGAAGGGAUCAUCUCUAAAGACUUUGCGCACUUUUGGCAUAGCUUCUAUCAGACGCUUCAGCAAGCAUCAGCUGGCUCUGGCAGCCCAGAAUUUUUUAGAUUAUGAAUCCAUCCAAGAACAGUAUAAGGCAGAGGUGCCAGAAUACUUCAACUUUGCAAAAGAUGUGGUGGACAAGUGGGCCAAAGCAGAAAUGGAAGGGAAGAGGCCUUCAAACCCAGCUCUAUGGUGGGUUAGUGAACAAGGAGACCAAGUUAAGUGGAGCUUUGUGGAGUUGUCACUCAUUUCCAAGAAAGCUGCCAGAGUGCUUUCUGAGCAUUGCAGCCUGCAGAAGAAUGACAGAGUGAUAGUGAUCCUCCCGCGGAUAUCUGAGUGGUGGAUCUUAAACGUGGCUUGUAUCCGAACAGGAACCAUCAUUAUUCCUGGAACAACACAGCUAACAUCAAAAGACAUUCUGCAUCGUCUGCAAGCAUCAAAGGCCAGGUGUAUAGUUACGGACCAAGUUCUGGCCCCUGCUGUCGAUACCGUUGCUUCCAAAUGCCCAUCUCUAGAAUUCAAGCUGAUUGUGUCAAAGGAACCUAGAGAAGGAUGGUUAAACUUCAAUCACUUGCUGAACCUUUCACCUGGUGAACACAACUGUGCAGUCACAAAGAGUCAUGAUCCAAUGGCAAUCUACUUCACCAGUGGCACAACGGGUGCUCCAAAAAUGACUGAACAUUCUCAUGGCAGCCAUGGAAUUGGACUUGGUAUCAAUGGAAAGUAUUGGCUUGAUUUGACUCCCUUGGACGUUAUGUGGAAUACUUCAGACACAGGCUGGGCAAAAUCCGCAUGGAGUAGUGUUUUUGCACCAUGGAUUCAAGGAGCGUGUGUGUUUAUACACAGCAUGCCUCGUUUUGAGCCAAAGCCUGUCCUUGAAACUUUGUGCAAAUUUCCUAUAACAACUUUGUGUUCUCCUCCAACCGCUUAUCGAAUGUUGAUACAACACAAGUUAACCAGUUAUAAGUUCCACAGCCUCAAACACUGUCUCAGUGGAGGAGAACCCAUGAACCCCAAAGUGAUGGAAGAUUGGAAAACAGAAACCGGGCUGGAUAUUUACGAAGGCUAUGGCCAGACAGAAACAGUCCUGGUUUGUGGGACUUUCAAAGGGAUGAAAAUUAAACCAGGGUCUAUGGGGAAACCAUCUCCAGCCUAUGAUACUCAGAUAAUUGAUGAAGAAGGUAAUGUUUUGCCUUCUGGAAAAGAAGGGGACAUUGGUAUCCGGAUAAAACCUACAAGGCCAUUUUGUCUUUUCACUCAGUACACGGAUGAUCCAGAAAGAACAAACUCAACCAUUCGUGGAAACUUCUAUAUCACUGGGGACAGAGGAAUCAAAGAUGAAGAUGGCUACUUCUGGUUUGUAGGAAGAGCAGAUGAUGUCAUCAAUUCAGCUGGAUACCGCAUUGGGCCCUUUGAAGUGGAAAGUGCAUUGAUAGAACAUCCUUCGGUAGUAGAAUCUGCUGUUGUUAGCAGCCCGGACCCUAUCAGAGGAGAGGUUGUGAAAGCAUUUGUGGUUUUGGCACCCAACUAUGUUUCCCAUGAUCAAGAAGCACUGAUAAAGGAACUGCAGGACCACGUGAAAAAGGUCACUGCCCCUUACAAGUAUCCAAGAAAGGUGGAGUUUGUGUCCCAUCUGCCAAAGACAAUCAGUGGGAAAAUCAGGAGAAAUGAAUUGCGCAAGAAGGAGUGGGGAAAAAGUUAGAAUGAUCUGUUUACUUCCACUCUAGCUUGUUCUAAGAAUGAAAAGUUUUAUAUUGAUUCCUUGUGUGUCCUGGCAAGAUCUUGUUGGGCUAACAUCUAUCGUUAAAGGCACAGGCUGCAAAUCUUAACACAUCCAACACAUUUAAUGUGAAUUUUAGAUAUACAAACAGAGAAGAAGCAGACCCUUGGUAAGUAUUUGUGGGCGAGAGUUUUCCCUCCACUCACCCCUUCAUUUGCUUUCUAUAAAAUCCUAAAACAUCUCGCCAGGCUAAGCAAAGCAAAGUGUCAGCCGAAUUCCAGAUGUUGGAUUUAAAAGAGAAAAGAACAUUGUGUACACCGCAAGAAGUCCCAAAACAGAUUUGCUUUCAGAUCCCAGAAAUUAGCAACAUCAUGACUCUGCAAGGAGUUGAAAAACCAACCUAGACAAGUGUUUGUCUCGCAAGGACUGAAGGAUACAUUAAAUUCAGCACAACAUAUAUGUUUAUGAACAGCAAACUGUGGCUUCCAAGGCAACAAUGAUACAGAUUGUCAAAGUCCACCGAAGUUAGAAAGCUAUUUUAAGUACACAAAAUUGGUUCAAAUUGCUUUAAUUAGAUGCCUACCCAUUUCCUUAUUUCAUAUAUUACAUAUUACUGUAUUACUUCAAUUUUAAGACUCACUGUUUUCCUAUAUAAACGUAUCUAAAAAUGUGGUGCAUUUUACAAUCGCAGGUGUAUCUCAUGUUUUUUUUUGUUGCCGUUGGGACCAAAGUUAUGGUGUGCCUUACAAUUGACAGUGUCUUACAAUUGAAGAAAUGUGUGUGUGGACUGUUUUGGUAAUGCUUUAAAAUACAUUUGGAAAGUCUGAUGAGUAGCAAGUCCAUGUUUAAGUCACAAAUAGCAGUCCCUGAGUUACAAACAUCCAACAUACAAAUGACUCAUAGUUAAGAACCGAGGAGAGACCACAGGAAGUGGGAAAAAUCUGCCCCUAGGAAGCGAAAUCCAUUCCUGAAAGUUAUCAAGGGGAAAAGGUGUCUCCACUUAAGCUUUAUCACCAAUUCUUGUUUCCACAACAUGAGCAUAUUCCAAAAUCCAAUUCUCACAGGGACAGAAAAUGAGGUGAAAUCUUCUGAACAGGGGCUCAGACAGCAAAGGAAACACCACAGGAGAGUAUUAACCCUUUCCUGUGCUAACCAAAGUUUUUUGGCUGGAGUUACACUUUAAAAACAUACGUGUUCUUACAUACCAAUUCAACUUAAGAAAAACCUACAGAACCUAUUUGGUUUGUAACUUGGGGACUGCCAGUAUAGCUAUGUAUGAAAUUAAAUCUGUGUAUGAUUGUAAUCAAUAGAGUGGGCAAGUUGCGGUCUUCCAUCAGCCCUAGCCAGGGAGUUAAUGGCGAGAUAAGAGGAGCUGAUGUCCAACAAGAUCUUGUUUUUGUGUGCCUUUAAGUUUUUUCCAACAUAUGGUGAUCUUAUCAUGGGGUUUUCUUGACAAUAAGUUGUUCAGAGGGGGAUUUCUAUUUGCUCAGAGUGUGACUUGCCCAAGGGGGUUCCAACCCUGAUCUCCAGAGCUAUGUCCAUUCCAACUAUCAAACAGCUACACUGUGCUGGCUCUCUCAGCAACAUCUAAGGGCUUUAUGUUGCCCCUUUUCAAUGGUUCACUAGUGGCAGCCAUUCAGAUAACUAAACUAUGUUCAUUGUGGACUAGCAAGUCUCGGACUGCUAAUAAACCUGUAUAUAUGAA